AUGAAUUCACAGAAUUAUGAAAGUUUAACUGAUCCACAUUUAAAUGCAUAUUUUAAUAAUAAACGUAUUCGUCGACAUUUGAUAAAAGCUGGAUUGAUCAAUCGACAUGGUGAUAUUUUACCGCCUUCAUCUUAUGAAGUUGUACUUGCUAGACAAACGAAACGUAGAGAAGCAAAAGAUAAAUUAUCACAUAUGAUUGCUAAUUAUGUCGUAGAAGAUGAACAGAAACGUCAAGCAUUUCUUCGUAAUCAAUUUGAAUUUGCUAUAAAACGUGCUCGAGUACAAAAAAUUCGAAAAUCAAGACAUCCACAACAAUCUAUGCUAACUAGUUUAGUUCAUGUUACUAAACGUUCAAGAAGUAGAAAUGCUCGUACACCAUCCCCAACUGGUCGUAAACAUUCAUCAGUACGAGCUAAAUCAGCUGGUCGUCCACCAAUAAAUGCAAAAAAUCAAUUAGUUCGUCGUCCAACAACGGCAAAACAUACAUCAAAUAAUGAAUAUUGUGAAGUAACUAUGAUUUACUAUGGACCACAAACAAUGAUUGAUUAUAAAAAAAAAUGGUUUCAACCCAAUGGUGAUGAAAUCAUGAUAAUGCAACAACAUUGUGGUGGUGAAAAUCUUAUUGUUUUCAAAGGCUUUGUCAAACCAAAUGAAAUAUUCAAAUUUGAAUCUCGACGUCAUCCAGAAUAUCCAUUUGCUGUAGCUCUAUAUAUCAAUGGUCUUAUUGAUAGUCGAAUAUCUGUCUGUUGUGAAUAUAAACAUAAACAUAAUGUUCGAUUAGGAAGUAAAUAUGGUUUAUUUGGUAUAUAUAAUGUUCAAAAAUCACAACCUUGUCGAAGUUGUCGAUUUGAAAAACGAAUAAAAGAUGUAUUACCAACGCCAUCGAAUAUUAUUAAUCCAUCUUCGUAUCGAAAAUCAAUUGUACCAAGUGUUCUAUCAACAAAUGAAUUUUGUUCUGCAGUUUUACUUCGAACACCAAGUCCAUUUUCCGACAAAGAAGAAGAACCAUCCGAACAAAAAUUCAAUCGUAUUUCUACCAUAGCUGAAGACACUAAACCAAAUACACCUGAUCGACAAUCAAUCGAUAGAACAAAAGAUGAAAGUAGAAAAUCAUCGAGAGUUUCAUCGAGUACUUCUAAGAAAUCCGUUCCAGAUUCAUCGGUUAUUUUAUUAAAAAAUGAAGAUCCUGAUGGCUCGUUGAAAUUAUCGUCAAUAAAAAGAAAUAGUGAUGAAAAGGCAACAACAAGUUCAAGAAAAUCUACUUCUUUAUCAAUAUCCUCUUCUGGAACGGAAACUGAUGAGUCUUCAUUUGAAACAUUGUUAGAAAAAGUUCAUACUGAAAAACAGACAUCGAGAUCAUCAUCUAGUAGUUCGACGAAGUCGGGUUCUUCUAUCGAAAGCAAAAACAAUGAUGAACGACUCGAAAAAGAUAAAGUUCGUACUUCCUCGACGAGUUCAUCUGCAAGCGAAAGCGUUGAUCGUCCGCUGAGUUUUGAUGAUUAUUCAGAAAAACAACGUCACUCAUCCACAUCAUCAUCGAAUACAAGUGAAAUUGGCCAGCAUUCUAUUAAAGAUGAACUUGAGUCUCAUCAUUCAUUGAUAUCUUCAGCCGACAAACAACAACCUACUGAUACAUAUGAUCAAAAUUUGCUUGAGACGGAUACUACGUCAAGUAAUGAUGAUAUCAAAUCCGAGUCAUCAGCUAAACAAAAGGGACAUAAUGAAGAUAAACAAACUCAAUCUGACAAAAAUCCUGUACGACAAUAUCGUUCAAUGGAGAAUAUAAUUGUUGCGUGGCUUGGCGCAACAGUAGAUAAUAUCGAUGAUGAUACAAUUAAUUCAAAAGCUCAAUUACGCCAAAUAGCACGUACUAUACGAACAUUCAGUGAUCCAGAAAAAUGUAUUCAAUGGAUAAAAGAAAUAAAAAGUGAAAAAAUUUUUCUAAUUGUUUCUGGUGAUCUUAGUGAAAAUAUUCUUGAACAAGUUGAUUAUUAUGCUCAAAUUGCUGUUAUUUAUAUAUUUUGUCCACAAAAUUCCAAAUAUGAAUAUUUAAUUGAUAAAUACAAAAAAAUAAAAGGUGUUUAUACAGAUAUAUCGAUAAUAUGUGAACAUUUAAAAAUUGAUUCAAAACAAUGGGAUAAUGAUUUAAAUACAUUUCAAACAACUUCAUCAAUUGAUAUGAAACAGUUAAAUUCAGAACAAUUACAAUUUAUUCAAAAUCAAUUAUUUAAACAAUAUUUACUUGACAUUAAUUAUGAUAAAGAUGCCAUUGAUGAUUUAGUUGAAUAUUGUGAAAAUCUCUAUGCUGAAAAUACCAAGGAAUUAGAAUUAAUAAAACAAUUUGAAAAUGAAUACAAGUCAAAUGAUGCUUUACAUUGGUAUACAAAAGAUUGUUUUGCUUAUCAUAUGCUUAACAGAGCAAUUAGAAUGAAAGAUAUUACAAUUCUUUUUCAAAUGGGCUUUUUUAUACGUGAUAUUAAUCAACAAUUAGAAGAAGAUUAUUUAACAACAAAACAAAGAUCAAGAUUAACUGUAUAUCGUGGUCAAGGGUAA